AUGUCGCAAACUCAUCAUAACCUCCCAGUUUCCUGUGAGUCAUCAUCUGAAGAAACCCCCAUAGGUUACCUUACAAGGUCUGGUAUUGAUCUGCUGUAUGUUUGUAUUAUUUUACAGAUCGCAGGAGCCAGCUCUUUGCCGCUCGAUAAGAGAGAAGACAAAUGGUGUGAUGGUAAUCCAGCAGACAUUUUUUUCCUGAUAGACAGUUCCACCAGCAUCUGGGGAAAAGAUUUCCGGAUACAGCGAAGAUUUCUCCAGGACUUGGUGAAAUGCUUUCCAAUUGGACCUACGGCUAUGAGGGUUGGGCUGGCUCUUUUCUCUGACCGGUACUAUCGUGUCAUUCGCUUUAAUCAGUAUGACAACACUAAAAAACUACAACGUGCUAUUGGACGCAUACCACAUAUAUAUGGAUCUACGUACACUGGAAUUGCACUUCGGUCACUCCGAACCAGGGAAUUCACGCGUGCGCGAAAGAAUGUCACCAAAAUAGCAGUUGUUCUUACAGAUGGUGCUUCUCAUGAUGAAUCGAUGACGGCUAGACAGGCUGAGUUGCUGAAGAAGUCCGGCGUGUUCGUGUUCGCUGUAGGGAUAGGCACGAAAUCCAAAUUGAGUGAACUCAAAAAGAUUGGAAGUACCCCAUCAGAACAGUUUGUCUUCUCUGUUGCUGGGUACCACCUUUUAAAUGAAAUCCGAGAGGCGUUGGCCUUCAAGGCAUGUCGAGUUGCGCCUGUUCUACCUUACUGUGCAGCGCGGCGUCCCACUGACGUCAUGUUUGGUUUUGACUCCGCAGCGAUGGGAACGUAUAGAUCUGCGCAUGUGCGAAACAUGAUUGCAAAUGUCUCAGGGUAUUUUGGUAACAUGAAUGAUGGGACUUUGCAAGCCGGAAUAUUUCGAGGAUUGUGCGAUGAAAAGGACAUUCCUCUGAAUGAAUAUAAGUCAAAAGAAGAUUUUGUUUCUGAUCUGCAAAACAGCACAAAUGAAGGAGCUAGAGACAUCCUAAAGGAUGUAAAGGACAUGGGGUACGCCAAGGAAAAUGGUGGACGAGAAAAAGCUCGAAAAAUAACGGUCCUUUUUAUAGACGAAAGUACUCCUGAUCUCAACAAAAUUAUUGAAGAAAUUGUUCAGGCAAGGUCAAUGGACAUAGAGGUAUUUGUAGUUGCCAUUGGUACCGAUUUAGACCUUGUAGACCUAAUCGAUGUCUUGGACACCCCAACAGAAGAGCAUCUGGUCACUGUACCGACUCAUAAAGAUCUGGACACCAUUCAUGCCAGUUACUCGGAUCUGCUCUGUGACAAUAUAGAAGAAGAGCCAACACCAACACCUACAAAAUAG